AUGAAGCUACACUUUUGCGCCGCUCUGGGCCUGGCCGCUGCCGCUGCCGACGAGUUUGACUGGAACACCAUCACGCCCAGCCACGACCUCGAGUACCACGACUGCUACGACAAUUUUCACUGCGCGCGCCUGCUUCUGCCGCUCGACUGGCUCGACGAAUCCUCAAACAAGACGGUCGCUCUUGCUCUGCUCAAGUCCGACGCCGUCGUUAGCAUCGACGAUGCCACCUACGCCGGGCCGGUCCUGUCCAACCCGGGCGGCCCGGGCGGGUCCGGCGUGGAUCACCUGCGGGGCGCCGUGGCCAAGAUGCGCGACAUGGUGGACACGCCGGGCAAAAAACACUUUGAGUUUGUGUCGUUUGACCCCCGCGGCGUCGGCCGCACCACGCCCCAGGUCAACUGCUACCCGGAAGGCCGGCUGCCGCGUUCAGCGGCCAUUUGGAAGGCGCGCGGCAGCGGCGGCGUGAGUGGUGGCCCGGCGGCGCUGCCGUACAUGCUGGGGCUGGAGACGAUUCAGGGCAACCGCUGCGGGGAGUGUAAUGGGGAUCUGCUCCGGUACGUGGGUACGACGAGCGUGGCGAGGGAUAUGCUGGCUGUGGUGGAAAAGAUUGACGAGUACAACGCGAAGCAUUCGAAAGGGGGCGGGAAAGCCACCAAAAGGAGGCACCAAAUGCAGCUGCGCGGCGGCGGCUCUUCUGGUACGGAAGAGGCACAGACGAAUCUUCCACGCCUGCAGUAUCUCGGCUUUUCUUAUGGCACGGUUCUUGGAAACUACUUUGCUUCCAUGUUUCCCGAACGCAUUGGUCGGGUGCUGCUAGACGGCGUCGCUGAUAUUGACGACUAUGGCUGGCUCACCAACACUGUAGACACUGACGAGAUCGCGGACCUCUUCUUCCAGGGCUGCUUCGACGCUGGCCACGACGUUUGCCCUCUCCAUCGCAGCGGCGACCGCUCCGGCGCCGACAUUGGCCGGCGCUUCUGGGACUGGGUCGACGGCCUCGACCAAGCCCCUUUUCUUGUGACCAAAAAGGGCCGGGCUGCUGUUGUGCUGCAGUCGCGCGACCUGCGCACGCUCCUGCUCGGCGCCAUGUACGAGCCGCUGACUCUCUUCAAAGAGCUGGCUUCGCUGGUCGACGCGACCAUGCGCGGCAACACCACGGCGCUGUACGAUCUCGUGGCCCCCAUGUCUGGCGGUUCGUUCGAGGAGGCCUGUCCCGUCGUCGGCGGCAGCGGCAGCGGCGACAGCGGCGACGGCGGUGACAGCGGCGGCGGCGGCGGCGGCGGCAACUGGAGCGCCUCGGCCGACGACUUCCCUGACGCGCAAAGCGCCGUCCUGUGCGGCGACGGCGAGGACAUUACCGGCCGCGACACGGCCUUUUGGCGCGCCUACGUCGCCAAGCAGCUCGCCCAGUCGUCCGUCGCCGGCGCCUAUUGGAGCGACAUCCGCCUCGCGUGCUCCAGCUGGCGCGCGCGGGCCAAGUGGCAGUUUCGCGGUCCCUUUACCACGCCCGCGCCGUCCGACAACGCCGCCUCCCCCUCCGCCCCCGAGGAGGAGGAGCAGGAGCCCGAGUCCGAGCCCCAGCCCCAGCCCGGCCGUCCCGCCGCCCCCGUGCUCUUCCUCUCGACCCGCCUCGAUCCUGUCACGCCGCUGCGCGCCGCGCGCAAGGCCGCGCAAAUGUACCCGGGCGCCGGCUUGCUCGUCCAGGACGCCAUGGGCCACUGCGUGUUUAGCGCGCACCCGCCGACGGACUGCACGAGGGCCGUUGUGCGUCGCUACUUUGACGAGGGCGUGGUGCCGUCCGGGGAGACGACGUGCGAGGCGGUCUGCACGCCUUGGAGCAACUGCGAGUCGGCGAAACGUAGCGUCGGCAUUUUGGGCAGCGAGGGUAGCCGCCGUCGCGAUUGGCGCUUUCCGCUACAUAUUUAG